AUGUUUGAACCUGUCAAUAUGGAUGAAAGUUCCCCACAAGAUAAGGAGCUGGCUAAAUUUCUCUCCCCACCGGGUAGUUAUCUCUCUCCAGCUUCACUAGACAGCAGUUCAUCAUUCACGAACGGUGGUGAGCGAUACAACACUUCGGCUAGCUGUUUUGAACCAAAAAGUAAUUUACCCUCUUUGUCGUUUUUAAAUGCUAGAGCAGGAUCUUUAGGUACCGUAUUUAAUCAUAGACAGAUGACUUCGCCUCUGAACUCUAAUACUAGAAGUGAAACUUUUGAUUCAAGCGCGAACAGUAAUAACAGCAGCGAUAGUAAUGAAAAUACAGGAUAUCCCGCUAGCUCACAACAAAGUGAUGAUGGGCGUUCUUCUUUGACUCCAAAUGCCGCUGUAACUUCAACUGUCAGAGAUAAGAAGGGAAAUACAGUUAAGCGAAAGUAUUCCAGAAAUGGGUGUUCUGAAUGUAAAAGAAGAAGAAUGAAAUGCGACGAAACCAAACCGACUUGUUGGCAGUGUGCAAGGCUAAACCGUGAAUGUGUUUACGUUUUAAAUCCCAAAAAUAAGAAAAGAAGAACUUCCAAUACGAACAGGAUAAAAGAAUCCAGAAAGCAUAACAGUAUUCAUGAUGACGAUCAUCCUCAUGGCCCUCACAAGCGUCAGCACCAGUCUAGUAAACCUGAGAAAAAAUCACUUCGACCAAACUUAGAUGAUGACUCCACAGACACAAAGCAAAUUAUAGACAGCUCUAAGACUGUGCCGUUGAAUGAGAUAGAAUCCUUAGAGAUCCCAAACCUUGACCCCACGACUACUAUGAACGGUUACGAUGUUAACUUACUAAUGCAAAAUUUAAAUGAUAUGGUUAAUAUGAAGCUGCAUGAUUCUUUCUUGUUAAAUGAAGAACUAAAAGAAUUGGAUUUGCCCGAUCUGGACAUUCCUGAACUCUUACCUGCGCCGAACUCAAAUAGCACUGUACCUAUAUCUUUUUUGGUGAAUAAUGUAAUAACCUUCAAUACAAAGUUAAAUUCCUUCAAACUGGGUGGUAUCCACGAUAAAUAUCUAAAGAUAUUUUAUUACGACUGUUUGGAUUCUAUCGCCCCAUUUUUUCAAAACCAAGGAAAUCCUCUAAGAGACAUUUUACUUUCAUUCGCUAAAAAUGAGGCUUAUCUUUUAUCUUCUAUUUUAGCUACAGGCGCAUCCAUAGCAUACAGAAAAUCCAAUAACCUAGAGGAUGAACGAAACUAUUGCGCGUACUUAUCACAUUGUCUGAGCCUCUUGGGUGAACAAUUCAAAAAUGAAUCGAACGUUUUGAAUAGGAUAGAACCUAUUAUUCUAACAGUUAUCAUGCUUGCCUGGGAUUGCAUUUACUCGAUGAAUUCCCAAUGGAGAUCUCAUUUAAAAGGUGUCACAGACCUUUUCAAAAAAAUCAAUUCCGGGAAUUCAUCAAAAGUACUGAACGUUGCCAAAAGCUGGUUUAAGGUUAUGGAGACAUUUGCAAGUAUAAGUACGGUAUUAGGGGGAUCUUUAAUUGAUAAUAAUGAUCUAGACGCCAUUUUCGAUCCAUAUGAUUAUCAGUAUGUUGAUUCAUUAAAAUUUCUGAAUAUCAUGACUCCAUUAAAUGAGUUUAAUCUAUUAAGAGGUCAUAAAGAAGAUUUCGACCUUGUUAUUAAGGAAGUCUUUAAAUCACUCAAUACAAUUAGGUCAUCUGAAAAAAGUUAUUUUUCAAAAGAUGAAGGUUUGUUCACCAAGAAAUUAGAUUAUUUACUUUGGUCGUCUCAACCUUCGGCCGAAAAAUUUAAAGAUCAUUUAUCAUACUUCAAUACACAGAAAAUUUUAGUGGAGAUUGACAAGCAACUAGAUUACGAAUUUAUCAACAAGACGGGAAUUAUACCGUCAGACAACCAAUCACACCCGAAAACUAGCAACAUUCACGACAAUGCCAUCGAUAUGGUGACAUUGAAGAACGGCGAAGAAAUUGCCAUUAGUUGGUAUGACAUUUCGCAUCAGACACAAGUUUUAUCUUUCUUGUUGAUUGUCCUAUUAAAACUUUUGGGUAUACCGAAAGAAUCAAUCACUAUUCAACAAGUGGUGAAAAGGAUAAUGUCAUUUUUUAAAUUUUUGAACAGUGAUUCUCCACCUCACAAUUCAAGAACUUGCUAUUGCAAUUUUGCCGUAUUGAUUGCGGGUUUAAACGCAAUGGACGAGGAGACAAGGGCGAUUGUUAAAAGAUACUAUAAGAUCAAUGGUGGUAAAUUCCAAAGACUUACAGAACAUAACCUUAAUAGACUAGAAAAGGUUUGGUAUGGUAAAGAUCAAAGUUAUAGGCUAGAAGAACAAGAUGUUUUAACAUGGUAG